AUGUAUGUUAAACAUUUUUCAAAAUUUCCCUGUCGAACUAUUUUUUAUAAACAAAAGAAAAGAAAAUAUAUUUUCUUUACUUGGAACAAAUAUUUUGUACAUCCUAAUAUGAAGAUUAAUUCUUAUUUAUAUCAUAAGAAUAUUCACAAAAAUUAUAAUCCAAUAUAUAAAGUUACAUCACCUUUAAUUUAUAAAAAAAAAAUAACACAUGUGAAUAACAUUCAAUCUGUAGAUAUGAAAGGGAAAAAAAAAAAUCUUGAUGGAUACAAACAAAUAGACAAGAAAGAAAGAAAUAUAAACAAAAUUAAUAUAAUGCAUAAUAUAGGUUCAAUAAAAUAUAUAAACAAAAUAAAUAAUUCAAAUAAUAUAUAUAUUAUUAAUAAGAGAUUAUUUAAUAAUGAUAUAAAAUAUAUAUAUUCCAAAAAAAAAAAAAAAAAAAAAAUUUAUCCAUCGAAUUAUUUCAAAAAAAAAAACAUGAGACAAAUCACAAAAAUAUUAUUCUUACAAAAAUAUACAAAUAUUUUACAAACUAAAAAAUAUAUUAUUAAAAGUAUUAUUAAACAUAAUAAAAUAAAAUAUCAUCAUCAUAUAAAUGCUCUUUAUAAAUUGUCUAAUCUUAAUUAUAAAACUGAUUUUUUGUUAUCAUUAAAUGAUAAAUAUAGAAUGAAAGAGGAACACGAAAAAAACAUACAACAAAUAGAUAUAAGCAAAAUGGAAAUAAAACAAAAAAAUAUAAAUACUGAAUGUAGACAAUACAAUAAAUCAUAUAGCAACAAUAAUAAAAAUAAUAGUAAUAACAAAUAUGAUCAUCAACAUUAUAAUAAACUAUCAGAAAAAAUGAUUGAAGAAAAAAUACAUGAUAAAAAUGAAAUGAAUAUAAAAAUAAAUGAUCUAUUAUUAGUAGCCUUAUCAGGAUGUAUACCAUUUAUCUGCUUCGGAUUUGUUGAUAAUUCUUUUAUGAUAAUAUCUGGUGAUCUAUUCGAUUCUUCUUUUUGCACUUAUCUUGGAUUUAGCACGAUGGCAGCAGCUGGCUUAGGAAAUCUAACUAGUGAUGUAUUAGGCAUAUUCAUAGGAGGAUAUAUUGAAAAAAUUAUUGUAUAUAUAGGAUUUCCUAGAAUUAAUUUAACAAAUAAACAACUUAAAAUGAAUAGAACAAGAAAAUAUUAUUACACAGGUAGUGCUCUAGGUAUAGCUAUAGGAUGCUUACUAGGAAUGAUACCUUUAUUGUUUAUAGAUAAUAAUAAAUUAGAAGAAAGAAAAAAUCAAGAAAAAAAAAAAAAAAAAAAAAAAUUUUCUUAUUAUAAAUCUAAUGAUCAUUAUAUUAAUAUUGCAAAUUAUAUAUCAAAACAAUUACCUAAAUAUAUUCAUUCAAAAUAUGCAUUCUUAUUUAUACCAGAUUAUAAUAAUAAAACAUUCGUUUCUAUAUAUAAUAAUAAAUUAUUUCACACCUCACUCAAUCUAGGACUUAUCUCACAUGUAUAUCAAAAUAAAAAAACAAUCAACUAUCAAAGAAAUGACAAAAAUAUAAACAAUAAUGUAAGCAAUAUAUUUAAAUAUAAACAUAAUGAUGAUAUAACAAAUACUAUCAACAGUACUUAUCAUAAUAAUAUUAAUAUAUAUGAUGAUAUAUGUGUAGAAAAUAUUGUCAAUUCUACUGAUAUUAUUAUCGACAAAAAUAAAAUUGAUAUUAAACAAUUUUUGGCAGUACCCCUUUUUUCAAUCGACGGUAAGGUUGAAGCAGUGAUUGCUGUUAUAAACUCAGAAGACAAACUAUCAUUUAAUCAUAACGAUGUCGUAUUUUUAAAUAUGUUCUCUUCGCACCUUUCUUAUGAUUUAGAAAACGAAGAGGAUUUAUCCGACAUGUUAAGGUUAUGUAAAAAUAUAGUAUAUAAUUAA